CCCGCGGCGCUCACAGACGGGCCCUGGAGAGAACCUGGACGAGGGCCAGAAGGACGCCCCGCCCCUGUAGGGCCCGCCCCCUCUGGCCCCGCCUCGCCGGGCGGUUAGAUUAAAGACUCUCCCGAGGCCCAGAGACUGCUUCAGGGAGACUCAGCCUUCAGCGUAGCACUUCAGGUGCGCGCCGACGGCGGGUCCUGCUACCGUGAUCCCACGCUGGGCUUGGGCCGAACGCACGCCUCGCCUUCCCGGCGCCCGCAUAAAAGACGUUCCCGGCCCGGGCUAGAAGCGGCCGAAGCCUUCGGCUGGACGGGGAUAUAGUGACCGGCGCGGUCCUGGCCACGCAGACCUGACUCGACGCUCUUUUCCUGCUCGCAUAGCGGAGCCGAACCCCGCACGGCAGCUCCAGGAAAGAGCGCGCGACUCAAGAAGCCGGUAUGGACCGCGGCAGCUCGGCAGGCAGCCCCCUGAUCACCAGCAAGGAGCCCGCGCCCCCAGCAGCUGCCACCCGGGAGUCGAGUCCUGGGCGAUCCGGGCCGGGACCCGUGGGCCCGGGCGGCGGCGGCGCACGCUCGGGGAGCGGGCGGCCGGCGGCAGCGAACGCGGCGCGGGAGCGCAGCCGCGUGCAGACUCUGCGGCACGCCUUCCUGGAGCUGCAGCGCACGCUGCCGUCUGUGCCGCCGGACACCAAGCUGUCCAAGCUAGACGUGCUGCUGCUGGCCACCACCUACAUCGCGCACCUCACCCGCAGCCUGCAGGAUGACGCCGAGGCAACGCCGGACGCCGGGCUGGGCGCCCUGCGAGGCGACGGCUACCUGCACCCUGUCAAGAAAUGGCCCAUGAGAUCAAGAUUAUACAUCGGUGCUACUGGUCAGUUUCUGAAGCAUUCUGUCUCUGGAGAAAAAACAAAUCAUGACAAUAUUCCAACAGACUCACAGCCUUAGGCUCUCUAUAUUCUACAAAUGCUAGAAAGUGAUGUCUGUUGUUUUUAAAUGACAUGAAAUAACUUUAUAUUUAUUACAUCAGACAGAACAAACAUCACUUCUGAAGGUUUACAUUUGAAUCCAUGGUUGGAUGUUCGUAUUUAUCUGUCUAAUCUAAAUAAAUGUGGAAUGAAAUAAUGUCUUGUGUAAAACACACAGCUUAUCUAUUCAUCAUGAGCAAGUCACAACUAUAUAGUACCGGAGAACAUACUGGAAAAAAGAAAGACAUAGAAAAGUAUAGAAUUGUGUAGAUAGCCAAAGCAUGCACACAUUUUCUGCACACAAACUGGAAAGCUAUUAUCUAUCUAACAAUCUUCCUGGUUCAAAAAAAAUUGGAGCUCCUGUUGUGGCUCAGCGGGUUAU